AGUAAAUUAAAAAUGGGACAUCUCCGUUAAAAUGAAAAGAGACACGGAGGGCGGAGGCCCGAGGGGAUGGUUGAAAAUCCUUUCACAUGGAAGUGGGUGGGGAGAACUUUAGGAGGUUCCAUCCAUCAUGGUUCAUAAAUAUUAGUUUUGUUCCAAAUAAAUGUGCAUAAGUUGGUUGAAACGAGACUACAAAAUUAAUAUUUUUUCAUUAGUUUUAAGGAGUUUUUGAGUUUUGCCCAAUAUAUUUUCAUUUUGGAUCGAUUCCGACUUAUUUAUGAUAUUUAUCAAAGUUUUAUGAGAAUUCGAAUUUUUAAUUAAUUCAUGUAAUAUUUUUUAAUAAAAUGAUAUUUAGCAACUUUAGAAUUUAAGUUAAAAAAGGCGAAGGGAAAAAAGCAGUAGUAAUAAUUUGUUAUCGGUUAGAAAGUAGGAGCAGGUGGAGGGCCACUAUUGGCGGGGAGCAACAAAUAGCAAUGGUCACAGAUGCAACAUACAAAAAUCUGAUAAUAUAACCCUACUAGAGAUCCCGUUCUCGAUGUCUUUCUCUCUCCAUAUCUCGCCAUCACCGCCACCAUCACCACCACCGACUGUGGCCACUGGAACGUGCUCUUGAAGGUGGGGUCUCUCUCUCGCCUCUAUUGGCAUGUCAUUCCUUUGCACAUCAUGAUAUAGGUAGUGCAAGAAUAUAAUGGCUUCUAAAGGACCAAGGUCUAAGCUUGAGCAUGAGACAAGAGCUAGGCGUCAAAAGGCACUUGAAGCGCCUAGAGAGCCCCAACGUCCUAAAACUCAUUGGGAUCAUGUUUUAGAGGAAAUGGUUUGGUUGUCGAAGGACUUUGAGUCAGAGAGGAAAUGGAAAUUGGCUCAGGCAAAGAAGGUUGCAUUAAGAGCCAGCAAGGGCAUGUUGGAUCAGGCCACCAGGGGAGAAAAGAAGUUGAAGGAAGAGGAACAGCGGGUGCGAAAAGUUGCACUUAAUAUUUCUAAGGACGUGAAGAAAUUCUGGAUGAAAAUAGAGAAACUGGUGCUUUACAAGCAUCAAGUGGAGCUCGAUGAGAAAAAGAAAAAGGCACUUGAUAAACAGCUUGAGUUUCUUUUAGGGCAAACUGAGAGGUACUCAACAAUGUUGGCAGAAAAUUUAGUGGACCCAUACAAACCUGUGCAACAAUGUCCUGCUCAGCAUCAACUAAACUCUCCUGGUAAAGUAGAUAUGCAUGAGAUUGAUGAACCCUUGGACUUGAAUGCUGAUGCUGAUGAAGAUUUUGAUGUACACUCUGAAGAAGAAUCAGAAGAUGAUGAGCAAACAAUAGAGGAAGAUGAGGCUCUUAUAACUGCAGAAGAAAGACAAGAAGAAUUGGCAGCUUUGCACAGUGAAAUAGAUCUUCCACUUGAGGAGCUCCUUAAGCAUUAUGCUGUGGAAGCAGACAGCAGAGAAAGUAGUCUGGAAAAGGGGGAGGAUGGAAUUGAGUCAAUAUUGGUAAAAGAUGAGAGUAGCAAUGGAAACUAUGUUUCUGCUUCCUGUAAAUUUGAAACAGCCAACUUUCUUGUUCGUCGUUCUAAUGACAGCGAUGGUGGCUUGUGCAAAUCAGAAAACCACUCAUUAGACAUUGAGGCAUCUUCCCUCAAAAAUCUCUCAGAAAGCUCUGGGGGGCUAGCCAAACAAGAUGUUCCAUAUGAUUUCAGUGACGAGCAGGAUGAUGGUGAUUUUACCCUUGCUGGAGAAGAGAAGGUACAUCAUAUGGAUGAUGAGACAACACUGGCGGAGGAGGAGGAACUGGCAAAAGCAGAUUCAAACAAUCCCAUAGAUGAGAUUGUUUUACUGCAAAAGGAGAGUGAAAUUCCUGUGGAAGAAUUGCUUGCAAGGUAUAAAAAGGACUUCAGUGCUGAUGACGUGUCUGGAGAUGAAUCUGAGUAUGACUCAGCUUUGUCAGAGGGCCUCUUGGAUUCACCAGCACAUCAAAAUCUUGAAGCGAGGGAGGAGGGUGAUGCUAAGGAUCAAAAUCUUGAAUCCAUUGUUGCCCAGGGAGUUUUGCAUCCUCAUGCAGAAGAGGAGGAAGCAAGCCCUGAUAGAAAAUCAGAAGAUGGAAAGGUAAGCGAGAAUAGAAUUGCUGAUGCUGCUGCUGCCGCAAGAUCAGCACAACCAACGGGCAAUACAUUCUCAACUACUAAUGUUCGUACAAAGUUCCCUUUUCUUCUAAAACACUCCCUUCGCGAAUAUCAACAUAUUGGCCUGGACUGGCUUGUUACGAUGUAUGAGAAAAGGUUAAAUGGAAUUCUAGCUGAUGAAAUGGGGCUUGGAAAGACAAUCAUGACAAUUGCCCUUCUUGCACACUUAGCGUGUGAAAAGGGAAUAUGGGGUCCUCAUCUCAUUGUGGUUCCUACAAGUGUCAUGCUUAACUGGGAAACUGAGUUUCUUAGAUGGUGUCCUGCCUUCAAAAUUCUGACAUACUUUGGAAGUGCCAAAGAGCGCAAAUUUAAGAGGCAAGGCUGGUUGAAACCAAACUCAUUUCAUGUAUGCAUAACGACUUACAGACUGGUUAUACAGGAUUCUAAGGUCUUCAAGCGGAAGAAGUGGAAAUACCUAAUCUUGGAUGAAGCUCAUCUCAUUAAAAACUGGAAGUCCCAAAGAUGGCAAACUCUUCUGAACUUCAAUUCAAAACGGCGUAUCUUGUUGACUGGUACACCACUGCAGAAUGAUCUCAUGGAACUGUGGUCACUGAUGCAUUUUCUAAUGCCCCACAUUUUUCAGUCGCAUCAAGAAUUCAAGGAUUGGUUCAGUAAUCCUAUAUCAGGGAUGAUAGAAGGACAAGAAAGGGUGAACAAAGAGGUUGUUGACCGCUUGCAUAAUGUCCUCCGUCCAUUUAUACUGCGUCGAUUGAAAAGGGAUGUCGAAAAGCAGCUUCCGAUGAAACAUGAGCAUGUCAUAUAUUGUAGGCUCUCAAGAAGGCAGCGUAACUUGUAUGAAGACUUUAUUGCUAGCUCAGAGACACAAGCCACUCUUGCAAGUGCCAAUUUUUUUGGGAUGAUCAGUGUUAUCAUGCAACUUCGCAAAGUUUGUAAUCAUCCUGACUUAUUUGAGGGACGUCCGAUUGUGAGUUCUUUUGAUAUAGGUUGUAUUGAUAUCCAAUUGAGUUCUUCCAUUUGUUCAAUUCUUUCACCUAGUCCAUUUUCAACUGUAGAUCUUAGGAGUUUGGGACUUUUAUUUACUGAUCUUGAUUUUAGCAUGACUUCUUGGGAGAGUGAUGAAGUAGCAGCUCUGGCUACUCCAAAAAUUUUAAUAGAAGAGCGUGCUGACCAGGAUAAUCUUGAGGAAAUUAAGCCCUUCCCUAAACAUCAGAAGAACUUGUAUGGGACAAAUAUAUUUGAAGAGAUUCGAAAGGCUUUAAUGGAGGAGAGGAUAAGAGAAGCAAAACAACGAGCAGCAUCAAUUGCAUGGUGGAAUUCUUUGAGAUGCCGGAAAAAACCAGUUUACUCUACAACAUUACGUGAACUGCUCUUGGUGAAGCAUCCUGCAUUUGAUAUUCACCGUCAAAAAGCUGACAGUCGGUGCUACUUGUACUCCUCUAAGCUUGCUGAGAUUGUUCUUUCACCAGUUGGACGCUUCCAGGCAAUGAUUCAUCUGGUUGAGUCCUUCAUGUUUGCAAUCCCUGCUGCUCGGGCCCCAGCACCAGUUUGUUGGUGCAGCAAAACAAGAAGUUCUGUGUUUCUGCAACCAACUUAUAUGGAGAAAUGUGCUGAAACUUUGUUGCCCCUCUUAACACCUAUUAGACCUGCAAUUGUCCGUAGGCAGGUAUAUUUUCCUGACAAGCGAUUGAUACAGUUUGACUGUGGUAAGUUGCAGGAGCUUGAAGUUUUGCUGCGAAGAUUGAAGUCUGAAGGUCAUCGGGCAUUAAUUUUUACCCAAAUGACCAAGAUGCUUGACCUAUUAGAGGCUUUCAUAAAUUUGUAUGGAUAUACUUACAUGCGUCUAGAUGGGUCCACUCAACCUGAGGAGCGCCAAACAUUAAUGCAACGAUUCAACACUAAUCCUAAAAUUUUUCUUUUCAUCUUAUCAACUCGUAGUGGAGGAGUUGGUAUUAACCUUGUUGGGGCAGAUACAGUUAUCUUUUAUGAUAGCGAUUGGAAUCCUGCCAUGGAUCAACAAGCUCAAGAUCGCUGCCAUCGAAUAGGACAGACACGUGAAGUGCAUAUCUACCGUCUAAUCAGUGAGAGCACAAUUGAAGAAAACAUUUUGAAGAAAGCAAAUCAGAAGCGUGCCCUUGAUGAUCUAGUAAUACAGAGUGGAGGGUAUAAUACUGAAUUUUUCAAGAAGCUUGAUCCUAUGGAAUUGUUCUCAGGUCACAGGACACUCUCUGUUAAGAGUAUUCAGAAGGAGAAAAAUCAUAACAGUGGCAUUGACGACACUGUAUCUAAUGCUGAUGUAGAAGCUGCUUUGAAAUAUGUGGAAGAUGAGGCAGAUUACAUGGCAUUGAAGAAAGUUGAACAGGAAGAGGCUGUUGACAAUCAGGAGUUUACAGAGGAAGCCAUGAGCAAACUGGAAGAUGAUGAGUUUGUAAAUGAGGAUGAUAUGAAGGUUGAUGAAUUAACUGAUCAGGGUGGAUGUAUGACCACUUCAAACAAAGAUAAUGGGCUGAUAUUAAAUGUGUGUGGUCCUAUUGAAGGGAAAGCUCUCAUCCUUGCUAGCAAAGAAGACGAUGUUGAUAUGCUGGAUGAUGUCAAGCAGAUGGCAGCUGCUGCUGCAGCAGCAGGACAAGCUAUUUCUUCCCUUGAGAAUCAGUUAAGACCAAUUGAUCGAUAUGCAAUCCGUUUUCUGGAAUUAUGGGAUCCCCUUAUAGACAAGGGAGCAACGGAGUCAGAAGUUAGGUUUGAAGAGGCAGAAUGGGAACUUGAUCGUAUUGAGAAGUACAAGGAGGAAAUGGAAGCUGAGAUUGAUGAUGAUGAGGAACCUCUAGUGUAUGAGAAAUGGGAUGCUGAUUUUGCUACAGAAGCAUAUCGUCAGCAAGUUGCUUUGGCUCAACAUCAGUUAAUGGAAGAACUGGAAUAUGAAGCCAAAGAGAAGGAAGAGGCAGAUGAUGGAAACUUUGAUGCUAUGAAUGAAAUGACAAGUGAACCUAAACCAAAACCUAAGAAGAAGAAGAAGAAGCCGAAGAAAGCGAAGUUUAAAUCUCUGAAGAAGGGAUCUUUAAGUUCUGAAGUGAAACCUGCAAAACAGGUGACAAAAGCAGAAACUAUGUCCAUAGAUGAUGAUGUUAACUCUCCUGAAGAGCUCUCUGAUUCGGAUAUUACUUCACCAUCUUCAAAUAUGCCGAAAAAACGUAAGAAGAUUGAGAUAGUGCAUGAUGCUGAAGAAGGGAAGAGCUCAAAGAAGAAGCCCAAAAAACUCAAUAAGCCUCCCUCUGACUUACGUACUGUAGACUGGGAACCAACUGCAAUUCGUAAGAGGAAUGGUGAAUGUGUAGAGGUAAAACCAUGUAUAAAUGUUGCUGUUGACCUUGAGCAAAAACCUGCUAGCAGGAGCAAAACAGGAGGAAAAUUUUCCAUUACUUCCAUGCCCGUGAAACGAGUCUUAAUGAUAAAACCAGAGAAAUUAAAGAAAGGCAAUAUCUGGUCAAGAGAUUGUGUUCCAUCGCCUGAUUCUUGGUUGCCACAGGAGGAUGCUAUAUUAUGUGCAGUUGUGCAUGAAUAUGGCCCACAUUGGAGUUUGGUUAGUGAAACACUCUACAGCAUGACUGCUGGUGGCUUUUACAGAGGAAGAUAUCGCCAUCCAGUUCAUUGUUGUGAGAGGUUCAGGGAACUAAUUCAAAGACAUAUUUUGGCUGCGCCAGACAGUUUGGUUAAUGAAAAGAUCGGCAAUGCAGUCUCUGGAAAAGCUCUUCUCAAAGUAACUGAGGAAAACAUUCGAAUGCUGUUAAACUUUGCUGCUGUGCAGCCAGAUCAUGAGUUACUUCUUCAAAAGCACUUUACUGCCUUACUUUCAUCUGUGUGGCGGGUGAUGUGUCGCCCUGAGUGUCGACAAAAGGUCUCAUCAUCUCGGAAUGGUGUUCAUUUAGGGGGAAGGUUUCUCAGUCCUUUUCUCAGCCACACACCUCAAGAUUCUGUAAAGGAACCAGCACAGAGGAUGAAAUUUACAAAUUUGCGGGAGUGUAGCAAGUUGUUAUUAGCUGCACUCCAUGAUGCAAGCAAUAGACAAAGGAGUGACGCAAUUUUCUUCUCUGAUAGAGAGGAUUUGCCAGUGAUCGCAGAAAGUUUAGAGAUAACACUGGAAAUUCAGAGGGAGAGUGGUGAUUCUAUGAUUCCAUUCCCACCGGUAAUAAAUUUAUCAAUAUAUGGCUCAAAUCCUGUUACAUCCAUAAACAAGACUACUGGAGAAGACCUCCAUCUAAAAGCUUCAAACGUUGUAGCUGAGAACCGCUUCAGGGCAGCAGCUACGGCUUGUGUUGCAGGUGGUCUGGGUUGGGCUUCAUCUGCCUUCCCAGCUAAUGAUUCCAAGUCACGAUCAGGGUUGAAAUUGCAGUCUUCGGGGAAGCACAAGCUGUCUGUCUCUGACACAAUCAGACCUAAGUCAAAACUGAAGAAGGCUUCAAUGGAGCAUGGUGAUGUACACAGCUUAUUUGGAGAGCAAGUAUUUCAACCGGUGGCAACAAUUGCACCAAAUGAUCCAAACUUAAGAUGUGACCUGACAUCAGUGACUGAUGACAGCAGUUGGGCUGAUGGUGUGGAUAGUGAUUUCUGUGCAAGCAUGGACAAGGCCCUUUCACCGCAAUUAGAGUGUUUUGAUGUGGUUCCACAUAAUUAUAUCCCUGGCUUUAUUGGAGGCCUUGAUGAUUGUUCAACGCUCCCAGACUAUACUGACAUUGGAUAGGGGCUAAACUGCUUGAUAUUCUUGAUUGAAGCUAUUAUGAUCGAUGGAGAAAAGGUUAUUCUUUGAGCAAAGCCAGAUCCUCCAGCGUUUUUGCAGUGAGCUCCGCUCGGGGUACCUUGUGAAUUGGACACACCAUUUUUGGAUGCCAGCUAUUUGAGGGGUAAGAGGCUAGACAUAUUUGCUGUUCAAACUCAAAUUAAAACUUUUCUUUUAUCAAAGAGAGUAAGUUGGCAGAGCGAAGUGAAGGACGUGCAAUUUUGAACACUUACAUGAUGAAAAAUUUUCUUCCUUGAGGAGUGUCUCAAGCGGCCCUGCUAGAGGAUCUGGUGAACUGAACAUAAAAAAAGAAAAAAAAAUGUAGCAUCUAAUUUUGUAACUAUUUUUUAGCAGUAAUUUCAGAUUUUGGAACAUUUCCUCUUAGAAAUGUGUACGAAAGGUAAGGCAGUAAUUCGAAAAAUGGGAAGGUUAUCUGCAGUUUCACGCAAAUGUCUUGGAUUAAUAUUGAAAUUUAUAACUCCACUGAGCUUUUUAUGUCAGUGGAUCUAAUUUACAUUCAUUU